UGAGCUUACGUAACAUCACGGCCCUGACACAUGCCUGAUGCUUCAUCAGACAUGUCCUUCGGCUCAGGUGAUGUUCAUCAGCAGGCUCUGGCAAAGUCAUUGUCAUCAUCUUUUUCACCAUAAUAAAGUUCUUAUUAAAUAUAACAUCACUUUGCAUGCUGUGAGCACCAUGUCUGAUUCAAAGAAAUCCAGCAGUGCCAGUCUGAGUCUUGAAGAUUUUGACUGCAUUGGGCUUGAUAUUGACCACACGCUUUGCAAGUACAAAUUGGACACUUUCUUUCCGCUGUCCUAUGAUUACAGUGCCAAGAUACUUGUUGAAGAGAAGGGAUAUGAUGAACGUCUACUUCAACCAUUUGAGAUGCACAAAGACCUAUGCAUCAAAGGCAUGGUAUUUGAUUCAGCUAAUGGUGACUUCCUGAAAUUAUCUGACUCUGGAAUCAUCUUACGAGCAAGUCACGGGUCUAAGAUGAUGUCUGAUAUUGAGAUAGAGGCCAAGUAUGGUACAGAUAGACAAUGGCAGCAUUUCUAUCAACUAGAAAGCACUCUACAGCAAUCAGAAAAGUUUGGAUAUACUGAGAACUAUUACGACCUCCCGUUCAUGGUGCUUCUAGCUCGUAUGAUUGACUUACAAGAACAAAAGAAUGAAGGCUUGAUUAAGCCUGAGAUCUUCAAGGAUUGUGUUGAAGGCUAUGUCAAAGGAUUUCUGUAUGAAGAGAAAAAAAACACCAUUUUGUCAGCAUGUGAAGAGGAGCCUAGCAAGUAUCUAGAACAAUGUAGUCAGCACUUGAAGACUUGGCUGAGAAGUCUACAUGAUAAGUGUCAGAUGGUCUUCCUUCUUAGCAGUGCCCAUCCACACUUUGCUAAUUCUGCCAUGAAUUACAUUCUGGGAGAGGAUUGGCGAAACUAUUUCCACAUCUGUCUGCUGCAGGCACGUAAGCCUGGAUUCUUCAGUACACAGGAUCCUAGCAAGCGACCGUUCUAUACUUUAGUUGAUGGUCAGAAACAGGAAGCUGUGACUGAGCUGCAGGACGGCCAGUGCUAUCUAGAAGGCAAUGUCCAGCUAUUCAAUCAGUACAUCCAAACAUUUACCGGCAAGGAGGACCCUAAGGUGCUUUAUAUUGGAGAUAGUAUCCGUUCUGAUAUCCACCCCAGCAGUGUUUAUAGUAACUGGCAGAGUGUGUUGGUGCUUGAAGAGAUGGAAGUAGAGGAACUUAUUCCUAAUGGAACCUGCACAUUAAAUGGCAAUGAUGAAGAAACCACAGACAAGGCAAACAUUAGAUCAGGUCCCUCUCAGCUAGAGAGAGAGUUUCUCCUGUCUGACCAGUGGGGAUCAUUCUUUGGAGAUACCUUGCCAGUCCAACAGUCCAAGACGGUAACAAAUGGAUGCAACAUUGCUGAAGCUAACCAUUCCCCUGUGAUGGUCAAUACACUCUGGACACGAUUGAUGAGGAAGCAUGCUAGCAUAGCCAUACCCAAGCUAGAUUACAUGGCUGAUUUCCCCACAUACUUCAAGUUUGAAACAUUUGCAAGCAGUGACUGGAGGAAAGGUUUCCACCCCGGAAUGCCCAAGAAUGUCACAUGUUAAGGUGCAAUUGAUAGACUUCAAACAGCACAGCAGCUUUAUAACUUGGUUUUGGGUUCAUAUAUGUAUUAGUCUUACAGUACUUUGAGUAUGUUCAUUCCUUUUUUGCUUUUACAUUUAUUUGCACUAUUUCCUGUCAGCUUAAAUGUAUUUUCUUAUUGAAUACUUAAAAAGCUCUUCGCCAUAACUUUUUGUCAGAGAUGAUAUUAAAAAGAA